AUGGGCAGCGGGGCAUCGGUCAGCGAAGGCUCCCGGCCAGAGAGGCCUGAGGCCGAGCCUGAACCAGAACCUGAACCAGAGCCUGAACCAGAACCUGAACCAGAGUCUGAACCAGAACCAGAACCCGCCCGACCCUUCACAGGGCGGAGCAACGACACCCUGCAGGCAGAGGAGGAGGCAGCGCCCCCUGGCAGUCACAUCGUAGAAAUCCAGUCUUUAAAGAGCGACGUAACAGAAGAAGAAGGAGCCACACAACGUGUCCUGAGUCGAGCUGUGACGGAGACGGUGGCAGAAGACAGACGUCAGUUUCUGGAUUUUGCUCAUGAGGCUUCUUCUUGUAUUUCUCACCUGAAUCUCCAGAACCUGGUUCCGUUUCCAAAGGAGUGGCACGGUCAGGGACGCUUCCUCUCCACCAACCAUGAGGGCUCCGGUCCUCCUCAGGCCGGCAGCGAGCUCAGGGAGGAUGACCGCACCGCCAGCAUCUACAUCCAGGGCCGAGGAACCGUCAUGACCUACAUGUUCGAGGAGCGUCUGAACGUGUGCAGGUUCUGGGAUCCUCAGUCGGGCGUCUGGUUGCUGCUGCCGCUGCAGUGGGAGGUGGACGUGGACUUUGUCAAAGCUCGGGUCCAGCGGGUCACGUCCACGCUGCCGGGCCUGGUGGAUCAGAAGGAGAUCACUGCGGCGCUGCGACAGUGUAACUACGACCCCGAGGAGGUCAUCUCCGUCUACCUCACCAUGUUCGGAGAAAUCCUCCUGCAGGCGUCUCCCAGCGGAGACCACGGCUACACCGACCUCAACUCCUUCAGAGCGCUGCUGGAGCGGGACCGGCUCAUCGAGGGUCUGAGGCUGCAGCUCCAGACCAAAGAGAAGGAAGUGGACCAUCUCUUCCAGAGGAACAACUUCCUGGCCAGAGAAGUGCGCAACCUGAGCGACGUGGUCCAGCACCUGAACCAGAAGCUGGCUGAGCAGGAGGCCGACCAGCAGGAGGCCCGAGAGAGGAUCAGAUCUCACCUGAGCCGUCGCGCUCCUGCUGGCCCCCCCACCAGACCGGUCACCAAACCUGCCGUGGAUCCAGACCAUCUCCGCCGGGUGAGCCGCGUGACGCGUGAGCUCAACAUCUCGAACAAGCAGCUCCUCUCCACGGUUCACCAGGCGAUGGCCGACAUGGAGAACCAGCUGGAGCAGCUGAAGGACGCCGCGGGGACGUUGGCCCGGGUUGAGCAGGAGGCGGCCGGAGAGGUGGAGGAGCUGCAGUCGCUCUACAGGAGGGAGGCGGUGGAGAGGAGGAGCCUGUACAACAAGCUGCUGGAGCUGCAGGGAAACAUCCGGGUGUUCUGUCGCUGCAGGAGCAGCUCCGCCUCCAGCUCCUGCGUGGAGAGAACGGACGAGCAGGAAGUGGUGGUCGUUCAGAAAGGAAACAGGAAGAAGUUCCAGUUUGACAAAGUCUAUUCUCAGAGCAGCUCGCAG